GAGCGAGCGGUACUCAAAUCUCAAAACCGCUUUGAACUCUGUAGCGAGCGGACGUGUGUGUUUUUUUUUUCGGUUUUCUGGUUGGUUUUCCGUUUUGCUAUCCGCCGGAGAAGUACUUGUUGUUAAGUGCGCGUCGUUAUACCGCCGCUAUUGUUCACGUUUGUUUAGAUUUUCUUGUGCGGACGCCAGACAACAUUAUCGAUGGUGGGCGUAGAGACGUCAUCGGCUUCCAACUCUCUUCCACUCCAAGCCCUCUCGUUCUCCCCCUCACCAAUCCCCCCCAACUACAGCUGCAAAAGAUGUCUGAGACCAUUGCAAGCGAAGAAGGAAUCCGUCCUGUAAGCGAAUCCAAGCCACAAGAAGUCGAUAAUACGCUUGAUCCACAGGAUCCGCAGAAAACAGCCAAGGAAAUUGAGCAGGAGAACUUCGAAACCUACAUCACUGCCCCUCUGAAAAUCGUCGAACCCUUCGAGAAGUUUGAAGAAAAGGAAAAGGAGGAGGCUGAUAAGGAGAAGGAUAGCCCAGCCGAAUCGGAGAGUCCCAUAACCGAGAUCGAGGUCAUCAGUGCCAAGGCAAAAAAGUCGGUUAGCUUCAAUCCGAAUGACGAGCAGAUCCGAAAGUUCACUUCAGGUGAACCGAUUGUGGACCAAAAGAAUCCGUUUCGCAAUGGCAAUGUAGUAACAUCCCGGGAUAAAAAGACACCGCCACCAGUUCCUACCAAGCGUUCGACCCUAAGUGUUCGGAAAACGGUGACCCAACAGCUGAGGGAACGGGAAAGGGAGAAGGAAAAGGAGCGGGAACAGCAGAAAAACGAGUCCAAUACCCGCAAAACUAAGGCCAGUCGAUCCCAGUCGCAGGCCGAUGAGUAUGUGACCACCGAGGAGGUGCUCAAGCAGUCCAAGUAUGUGAAAACGUACAUCAAGAACCCGGAUGCCUACUUCGUUUACGAUCCCACGGUUCUGGCACGUCUCAAAUUCGAAGAGCUCCAGGAAACGACGGGCAAGCAGCUGCCCAAGCGAAAGCAAACUCCCAACUCCCAAUUGAGGGCGGGCAAGCAGGCGCGCACUCAAAAUCAGAGCCAAAACAAACAGGAGAUAAAAAAGCCGGCGGUCACUUUUAAGAAGUGCUCGAAGCCCAACUACCCGGAGUUGGCCAACUUGAAAAUCCGCACCGGCACCACCAAUUCCGAUCCCGAAAGCAGUGCCUUAUUCAAUCCCGCUGAGGUGACCAAGAAUGCCCGAAAGUUCGACGAGCGGGUGAAGAAGCUACAGAUCACAUCGGACGAUGACCUCGACGACAUCGAUGGACCGCUGACAAAGAGUGAGUCGAGUGACGAACUGGCGACAAGCUCAUCGGUGCCGCCGAGUCCCGCGAAGCCGAUCGCUAUGAGUGGAAACGAGGAUGUGGAGUCGUCCCAGCCGGGCACCUUUACCAACACCAUCAGCUCGGAUGAAUUUCAGGCCUAUCUGGAUCGCAAGGGCCUGGCUCUGAUGCCCAGAAGGGAGUUAUUUUCGCCGACGCCCUCGCUACCCAGAACCUCGCCGCAGGGACAAACGGCCGAGGAGCGGCGCCAACAGGUCGCCGAAUCCCUGGCCGCACUUCGCAAGAGCAACACAAAGAAGCUAUCGGUAUUGCAACGGCUGUCGAACAGCCUCUUUCCGGCCCGGCGAAAAACCACACCCAAGCUGGAAGCCCCUCUGCCACGCAAUGUCUAUCAAUCGGACUCGGAUAAGGAGGAUUAUCGCCGCAAGCCAGAUGUCCCCUCCGAGAUCCGUCGCAUUCUGCUCGAACGUCAAAGUUCAAACGGUCAGCAACUGAAGCAAACGAUGCCCAUGGAGUCUACCACCCAGAAAAUCGAGGAGAUCCCUUUACGGAGAUCAACGCUCGAACGACCGGGUCUCAGUCCCAGACGCCAAUGGCCAGGAACGCAGAUGGGACGCAUUAAUCGUUCCACUUCCGUCGAUCGUAGCCAAUUCGGUGGUGAACAACCGAUCCUUGAACGACCCGUGGCCUCCUCGACACCUGUCCGAGGUCAAAAUCAGUGGGACCAAUUGCGGGCCAUCAAGGAGGUGACCGAUCGCCAGCUCUAUCACAAGCUCCAUCAGCAACAGCAAUUGCAGGGACAAACCCUCCAGCAUAAUGUGAAACAGCGACCGAAUGAGGAUAUCUACUCCCAGGUGGUUGUUCAGCCCGAUCAGGCUAACUUCGUGCGAGGUUCGCUGCAACGAAACACCUUCUCCGGAAUCAGUGGUCGCAAUCGCCAGUUGACCGUAUACAAUGGGACACCUUUAAGGCAAAUGCAACAACCGCCGCGAUGUCAAAGCGUAUUGGACAAUAUUGUACCGAAUGGUGGGGGAAAUCUGGGACAGCAUCCGGAAAGUCAAACGCCGGUGGUAAUGCGACACAAGCCGGAUCAAGGGCAACAGCAGGCGGCCAGUCGUCGAAUCGGUGGACUUCUCACACGCGAGGAGAUUCUCGAAAAAGUCAAGGAGUUUUGUCGAAAGAGCAGUUCCCGAACACCAGACAUCAAAACGCCGAUGCAGGCCAUCUACAAGAGACAUCUAACACCGCCAAAUGCAGAUGUCUCACCCGUUUCGUAUGCUUCCGUGGAUGAUCAGUGUGCUCGACCUCAAGUACCACAGCGUGUCCAGAGUUUACCCGUUGCCCAGGGACGUUAUGUUGCCGGGGGAAUGCCAGUCGAAGGACCCUCGCCAAUCUACGCCCAUGUUAGCAAACGAAAUAGUCUGCUCUCCAAUGUCUCCGAACAGUAUUUGUCCAAUCAGCAGCUCGGCACUCUGCCAAGGACCGUGCCCCUCAAUCAACUGGUGUUGGUGGACACGGGUGAGGGUGUUCAGGUGGCCCAGCUUGUGGACUACCUACCCUACGUUCGUCCAGCUCCGAACCAUGGCUAUGCCAUGCAAGAUGGCCGGGCCACGCCGCUCAUCCUGGACCAUUCGGCUCAGCAAACAAGCCAAAUCUACUGGACGCCACAGCAUCGUCAGCGGAUUGCUCAUCCAGUGCCGGCACCUCGUUUUAUGAAGGGAGUGCCGACAUCGAGGAAUAGUACGAUAAGUCGAAAUAUGGAGGCUAGGAAUGGAAAUGCCUCAGAUUGGGAACUCAGCUCUGAGGCAGGUGAAGUGCGGCGGAUCAUGAAAAUGCAAUUAUAAGACGAUAGUUCAGAGAUGGAGACGGAGGGCAGCAGGUGCGAAGAUAUUGGGCCAACGAAGACCAGGUCGAAUUUAAGCGAGGAGUCUCUGGGGAGCAGCACCUCAUCAU